UUUCAAAACUAUUAAACGAACAACCAACUCAAAAUUGAAUCGAGAUGUGAUUAUUAGAUAUAAUUACAUAUAUAUUAUUUAAAUACAUGUUCGAUUGAUUUUCCCAUAUCUUGUUUACGAUUUCUGUUUGUAUAUUAAUAUGAAUCCUGUUUUAGUUAGAAUAUUUGAUGUUGAUUUUUAUUUGAGUACUCCUGUUCCAAACCUAGAUGUUACUUUUUCACAGUUUAGAGGCUCAGCAACUCAUCAAGUACCCGUGAUUAGAAUAUUCGGGUCUACGGAUAUUGGGAAGAAAAUUUGUCUACAUGUUCAUGGAAUAUUUCCUUAUUUUUACAUACCCUAUGAUGGGAGCGAACCCGCAAAUGGCUUGAUGUACAAGAUAGCAUCUAAUUUAGAUAAAGCAAUAAAUGUAAGCCUCGGACAAACCUCUUCAAAUAAUCAACAUAUUUACAAGAUAAUUCUAGUUUCGGGAAUACCUUUUUAUGGAUACCAUUCAAAAAAACAUCAGUUUUUUAAAGUAUAUUUAUAUAACCCAAUGCUCAUAAAAAGGGUUAAUAAUCUUUUGUUUAAUGAAUCAAUACUGGGAAAAAUAUACCAACCUCAUGAAACACAUUUAAAUUUCACUCUACAAUUUAUGAUAGACUAUAACUUACAUGGUAUGAGCAAUAUAAUAUUAUCCCAAGUAAUAUUUAGGCAUAGUGAUGGAGUAAAAGAAGGAUUUAUAGAAGAAAAUUUAUCUAAAGUGAGCUCGUGUGAAUUAGAAGGCGAUACGUUAGGAGAAUAUAUAUUGAACAGACAAGAAAUAGAAUCAGGUAAUUUGGCCGCAAACCCUGGUAUUGCAGCUCUUUGGGAAGAUGAAAAACAAAGACGUAGAAAUAAAAAUGAAACUUCACAGCUUCCACAUUAUUUAUCAUUAUCUAAAACCGAUAUACUCCCCACAGAGUCACAUGAAUUAUUCAAAAGAGCAUUGCAAGAAAGAUUAGCAAUUCUUUCACAAGAUCUAGACAAAAACGAUUUCAAUCUGAGUGUAUAUCCUGCAGAAUGCCCUGGGAAUAAAUCUUUAAUGGAUUGUUCAAAUGUAGAUUAUAAUUCACCUCUCAACACUCAAUCUGAUUUAUCUUAUGAUUCAGAAUUUGAUCAAACCUUUAUGAAUGACACAUUGAAUUUAACAUUAGAUCAAGAUGUCCUAGAUUUGUUGGAUGUCUUAAAAGAUUUGGAACAGAAUGUUGAUGUAGAAGAAGAUAGCAUAUUAUCACAAAUUCCAAAGAAUGAACCAGAAGAUAUAGAAGAAGAUAAUGAUAUGAGUAUUUCUAUAGAUGGUUGUGAUAUUUUAAAUGAAACUUUCCAAUUUCCACAAAUUAGUGAAGAUAGUGAGAAUGUAGAGGAUAAGAAUCCAGAAAAAUGCUCCGAUAAUAAAGAAAAACUUCCGAGUAUUCCACAACUAGAUGGAAAUUGUUCUGAUUUUGAGGUGGAAGAUUCUUUGUGUACUCCACUUCAAAAAAGUUCUAAUAAUAAAAUGUUUGCUGCAUUGGAGUUUGAAAAAUUGAGAAGUUUCAGUACAGUUGAGGAAAAUAGUGGCAUCAUUUUACAUACAGCAGAAAGUAACAUUUCCUUGAACUAUUUGCCAGAUACAUCUGUCCAAUAUAAUUCAACUGCAAAUAAAGAAAUAGCUGAAAGUCUUGAAAAUAGACAAACUUUCCAACUGAAUAAUUCAAUAGUUUACGAGGUGAAAAUAUUGAAUGAAGAAAAUCCUGCAGAAUGCGCAUUAGAAUAUUGUCCCCAGAUAUGUCAUUUACAUCAUGAAUAUCAACAUGUGGAGCAAUCUGUGAAUAUGCUGUUACACCAUCCUAAAAUCAUAGAAGCUAGAAAAAUAAAUCAUAAUAUUAUUAGAUCCCUUAUUGGUAAACAACAUAACUAUUUUACAGCAAAUUCUAUUGGAGAACGAGUUGCUUUAAAGAAUUUAGAGAUGAGAAAAAAAAACAAAUUGACAAGUAUAUUGGAAUAUCCUUGUGAACUUGUGGUGUUAUGUAGCAGAUUGCAUUCAUUACGAAUAGCUGAAAAAAAAAGGGAUAUGCCAUCUCUGGAUAUCGAUUCUAAAAUUGAAACUUGUACAAUAGCGAACAUUGCUAGAUGGAAAAUGAUAAGAAAUUUCCCAGUGAACAAUAUUAGUAGCACCAAAAAAAAAUCAGUGAAAAAAAGCAUACAGAGAAAUAGAACCUCUCAAGGAAAAGGGGAAUUAUACAGAAACUACCAUAAGAGGAAGCUUUUAGUGAAGAAAUUGUGUGAGAAAUUUAAAAAAUGUUUUGAUAAGUUGAAUGAAGGAGCAAAGCCAUCUUUCAGAGUAAUUCCUGGUUGUAGACCGUACACAUUUCAAUCUAUGAAAAUAAAAAAAAUAAUGAGUAUACAAACUUUGGGUCAAUCUACACACAGUGUUCAGCUUAGUAGCAUGGUUAUUUCAAAUGGGAUAAUUCCUUCUAAUAUUGAAACAGAACAAAUUAACAAGAAUGUAGGUUGUGACCUUAAUGAGAAUGUAAAAUUAAGUAUAAAAGAACCAGUUCCAAUUUUGCGUAAAAGUGAGCGGAUAAAAAAGAAUAAGGAACAUUUAAAGAAUGAACUGCAAUCCGUACAUUCAACUAUAAAUGAUGUUAGUAAUAAGAAUUCAAGCAUAAAACAAAACAAAGUGAAAAAAUCUUCAUUGAAAAAAAGUGAAGAGAAAAUAGAUGAAAAAAACAAUGAAGUAAAUAUGUUAAAUUCCAACCAAGAAGACGACAUCAAUAAUAAUAAUAUUUCAAAAAAUAGUACUCUUCAGGCGCCUAUCAAAAAGAGUAUAGAAGAAAUAAUGAGGGCACAAAAAGAAAAUGAAGCAAUUUUUUUCCAAUCUGUUCAUUCCUUGAUGGAAAACUGUACCAUAAGUGAAAAUAAACUUUUACAAUCAACCAGCGGGAAUAAUAAGAAAGAUAUACUGUUCUUGGAUGGUGCCUUUGAUGAUUCAGACGAAGAUGAACAGAAAAAACGACAGAAUCGUAACAAGAAAGGAAAAUCAGCUUACUCAGCACUACCUAUAGUCAAGACUUCAGGGCGUACAACACCUGUUGCAAGGCAGAACGAUUCGAACAAGAAAACUGAAGCUGAACUUAUUGAAAAAACUGAAGUAAGGCAGAAUAUGAAAAAAAUUAAAAAAAGAUUGAAUUUCGAUUCAAGUUACGUUAUAGAUAACCAAAAUGAACAACAUCACACAGAACCACCUGCUCUUGAUAACAACAAUGACAAUCUAGAGGAAAAUUCUCGAAAUAUUCAUGCAGACUAUAAUAGUAUUAUUCAAGAAAGUGCUGCUUUCCUUGUAAAUGCUUUUGUUUCUCAUUAUCAACUAUCCGCUUCGGAAAUGUAUGAUCUUGUCAAUAAUUAUUAUCCGCAGCCUUGUUGUUCAAAGAAUAGUGAACCGUAUAUACAGAAUGAUGAAGGUUCUGCUACAAACAAAGGUGGAAGUGAAAGUGAAUUGGAUGAUGUAUGGUUAAGUACACCAGAAACAGACUUAGAACCUCAGAUUUCUCCUGAUAUUAAAGCAUCUGCAGAAGGUUCUACAGCAACUGAUGAUAACAUUCAAUCCUCUGGAUCUACCUCAGAUAUGUUCAGCAAUAACAGGGACAAAAAAAAAGGAACAACAAAAUUUUCAAAUGAUUUAAUUAACUUCAUACCUAUAUAUGGCGCCCCUACCAAAUUAGAUGUAAUGGAAAGUUUGUCAGAAUAUGGUAUACCUCUGAUAAGACCUCAAGAACCCUUCUACAGUAAUGUGGAAGACGCUAGUAAGUCUUUGGAAAUCGGUCAUAACCUUCUCAAAGUAAAAACUCUCACCACAAUUGAUGUCCCAGAUUUCCAAUCCAGUUUUGAAGGUUUAGAACAAUUCAGGCAAAAAUACUACCCCCAAAUUUUAGAUCAAAGGAAUAAGCAAAACCCAAGAUAUUUCUAUUGCGCUGAGGGCGAUUGCAUAUUGAGGCCAUCACAGAAACCUCCAACGAAAAAAGAAAUAGAGAAUUGGCUACAACAAAAUUCUGUCCCAAUUAAAGUUGUUGACGAAACAAAAACGAAAAAAAGCAAAAUAUAUUUCGCAUCCAGUCAAGACAUUUAUUCUGAUAAUGAUAUGUCGAUGGAUUUAACACUUACUUUGAGUCCUACUACACCUAAAACAGAAAGAAAAACUGAUACACCUGAAUCAAGCUUUACUUCAGUUCCAAAAGAAACUGACCUUGAUAGAGAAGCCUUUUCACCAACAUCCACUAAAUCUGAAGGGGGCAGCCCAAAAGGGACUAGACAUAGUGAAGACACCCCAGAAUCUAAUGUUGAUAGUGAUACAUCUUUGAAAGAUGAGAGCUUUGACCCAGAUGUAACAUUGACACCAAGAUCGAGUAGAUCUGGGGCAGAGAGUCCAGUUUUAUCUAGAGCCAAACAAAGAAAGAAACCUAGUUCAAUGACGCUCAGAAAAUCAGCACUUCUCUCAAACAGUUUAGAUCACUCAGGUGUUAUAUCAGGAGCUACCCUAAACAACACAUACGGGUUUCAAUGCUCUGUGCAAAACUAUCAAGCUGCUAGGGCCUCUGUAAAAUACGAAUAUCUCACAAUAUUAUCAAUGGAACUGCAUGUUAACACCAGAGGUGAUUUCAAACCAAACCCUCAGUAUGAUUCAAUCCAAGCUAUUUUUUACUGCAUUUCAAAUGAUGUAGAAGAAAACACAGUCAAACCAAGAAGUUGCGAAGGUAUAUUUGUUGUUGACUCAAAUCCUGUUGGUCAAACUAAAAGUUUCUCGUUUCUAGAUGGAACAGGAAUCUCCUGUGAUAUCGAAUAUGUCGAAAAUGAAUUAAAAUUAUUUGAGAAAUUCACUAAGUUUAUAAUCCAUUGGGAUCCAGAUAUAUUAUUAGGAUAUGAGAUUCAAAUGCUAUCUUGGGGUUACCUAAUUGAACGGUGCUUCCAUUUAGGAAUCAAUAUCAUUCCAGAUAUUUCAAGGGUCAAGGAUAAACAUCUAAAAUUCAAUGAAAAAGAAACAGGAGAUUUGCGAAUUAGUGGAAGAGUAGUUUUGGAUCUUUGGAGAUUGUUGAGGCAUGAAAUUGCCCUUCAAAGUUAUACUAUACAAAGUACAGUUUACGAAAUCCUUCAAAGACGUAUACCUAGUUACACUUUUAAAGACUUAACAAGUUGGUGGAGCCACCAAAGUUCUUUAUUCAGGCAUAGAACUGUCAAUUAUUACAUGACUUGUGUUAGAUGUCAAUUGAAAAUACUCGAACAACUUGAUUUUGUAGGACGAACAAGUGAACUUGCUAGAUUGUUCGGAAUACAGUUCUACGAAGUAUUAUCCAGAGGUUCCCAAUUCAGAGUCGAGUCAAUGAUGUUGCGACUCGCUAAACCUUUGAACUACGUUGCUGUUUCGCCCAGCGUCCAACAGAGGGCGAAAAUGAAGGCUCCAGAGCAUAUUGCUUUAGUAUUGGAGCCUGAAUCUAAGCUUUAUACAGAUCCUGUGAUAGUACUUGACUUUCAGAGUCUUUAUCCUUCCAUCAUCAUUGCUUAUAAUUAUUGUUUUUCUACUUGUGUUGGUAGAGUGGACUCACUUGGUAAAAAUACGCCUUUUGAAUUUGGUGCAACGAAUCUCAGAGUAUCGAAGGAUCGGAUUAAGUAUUUAUUUCAAAGGAAUCUCUUAAAUUUUUCACCUUGUGGAGUAGCAUUUGUUAACAAGAGUGUAAGAGAUGGUAUCAUGCCUAGAAUGUUGAGAGAAAUCUUGGAUACAAGACUGAUGGUGAAAAAAUCAAUGAAAGAGAAUAAAGACGAUGCAGUGCUACAAAAAGUUCUCCACAGUCGACAACUAGGUUUGAAGUUGAUAGCUAAUGUCACUUAUGGUUAUACAGCUGCGAAUUUCAGUGGACGUAUGCCUUCCGUUGAACUCGGUGACAGUAUUGUCAGUAAAGCGAGGGAAACACUUCAAAGGACGAUUUCAUUGGUGGAUAAUAAUAAAAAGUGGGGUGUUAGAGUAGUGUAUGGUGACACAGAUUCACUAUUUGUUCUUUGUCCGGGCAAAUCUAGGACUGAAGCUUUCGCCAUUGGCGAAGAAAUAGUGGAAGCCGUAGGUAAAGAAAAUCCCGAUCCUGUGAAGUUAAAAUUAGAGAAGGUAUACCAGCCUUGCAUUCUCCAAACUAAAAAGAGGUAUGUUGGUUAUAUGUACGAAAGUCCAGAACAGAAAGUACCCACUUAUGAUGCUAAAGGUAUCGAAACUGUGAGAAGAGAUGGAUGUCCUGCUGUCUCUAAGAUGUUGGAGAAAACUUUACGUAUCCUGUUUGAGUCUAAGGAUGUGAGUAAAGUCAAGGCAUAUUGUGUGAAGCAAUUCAAUAAAAUCAUCUUGGGCCGCAUUAGCUUGAAAGAACUUACUUUUGCCAAGGAAUUCAGAGGCCUUACUGGAUAUAGGCCAGGAGCUUGUGUACCUUCUCUUGAAUUAGCCAAGAAAUGGGUAGCAGUUGAUAAAAGGGCAGAACCUAGAAGAGGUGAACGUGUACCGUAUGUGAUAAUAAAUGGUCCACCAGGCUUACCACUAAUUCGAAUGGUGAGAAGCCCUCACGAGUUGCUCAAAGACCCUGCUUUGAAACCAAACGCCCUCUAUUAUAUCACUAGAGUCAUCAUUCCACCAUUGAACAGAUGCUUCAACCUUAUCGGCGUUGACAUGCAGCACUGGUUCCUUCAGAUGCCAAGGAAACACUUACAAUACUUACCAACUGCAACAUCUCCGACAAAAAAAUCAACAAUCUCUCAAUAUUUUGUUUCUACUUUAUGUGCAAUUUGUGGAGUCCAAACACAAUAUGGUUUAUGUAAUGAUUGCCAAAAAAAGCCCCAACAAACAGUUACUAUUUUGAAUGAAAGAGCUCGGCAGUGGGAAGCAUCUUACAACAACUGCAAAUUGAUUUGUUCUUCUUGUACCCAAAUUUUAGAAGAUACAAAGUGUAUAUCUCUGGAUUGUCCUGUUCUUUAUCGUUUGAAUCAAACCAAUCGAGAUCUUCAACAAGCUGACCAUAUUCGACAUCUUCUGUCUCAAUAUUUUGAGAUAUUCUGAAAUUCCUUCGGUUGCUAAAACUAUGUGAUACUGAUGAACAGCCUGACUCUCAUGUGCCUAAGUAUUAGUUUUGAAAUUAUCAGAAUUUUCCUCUUGAAAAUCUAGUCCAAGUUGAAUGUGUUGUCAUUGUUGUUCUUUAAAAUUCUAUAUUGUAUUUUAGUUAUCUAUAAAUGUGAGUUAGAUGAGAAAUUUAUAAUAAUGUUUCUUAUUUUUAUUUCUUUUAGGAUUUUUAUCCUUCACAUUUAGAAUUAUUUUUGAUUUAUUAGAAUUUUUUUUCAUGUUUCAGUUUUAUAUAUAUUUUUUUUUUUUUUUGAUGAAGUUGUUGUUUCGAUAAAUUUUUAAGUAAAACUGUAUUGCAAAGUGUCCUAUAGAAAUUAAGACAUUUUUUAAUGUUUAAAUUUUAUGUUCCUUUUUUUGAUAAAGUUAUUGUUUCGAUUAAUAUUUAAGUCAAACCAUACCGCAGAGUCUUAUGGAAAUUAAGAAAUUUUGUAAUGUUUCAGUUUUAUAUGUUUUUUUUUUGAUAAAGCUGUUGUUGAGAUUAAUAUUUAAGUCAAACCAUACUGAAGUGUCCUUGAAAUUAAGAAAUAUUUUUUGUCUGUGAUACUUUUGAUAUGAAGUAAUAUUUUGUUACAUAAAUAAUAAAUAUUUUUUU